UCGAGCUGCCUGCAGACCGGACAGCGGCAGCAGAAAAGCACCAAUCAGCAGGAAAACCACGUCCUUAUUUGGAUCUAACUCACCGUGAGUGACCGAGACUUCACCGGAGCUCCGUGAACGUGACUCCAGUUGAACAUGCUCUCCCCGGGACUCUGCGUGUCUCUGCUGGCCGUGUCCUGCGCCCUGGGGCCGGCUGCGGUCCGGGCGGCGUCCUGCGAGUCGGUGCGGAUCCCGCUGUGCCGGUCCAUGCCGUGGAACAUGACCAAGAUGCCGAACCACCUCCACCACAGCACGCAGGACAACGCGGUGCUGGCCAUCGAGCAGUAUGAAGGGCUGCUGGGAACUGGCUGCAGUCCGGACUUGCUCUUCUUCCUGUGUGCCAUGUACGCUCCCAUCUGCACCAUCGACUUCCAGCACGAGCCCAUCAAACCCUGUAAAGCGGUGUGCGAGCGGGCGAAGUACGGCUGUGAGCCGGUGAUGAAGCGUUACAACCACAGCUGGCCAGACAGCCUGUCCUGCAGCGAGCUGCCGCUGUACGACCGCGGAGUCUGCAUCUCGCCUGAGGCCAUCGUCAAGGCAGAGGGACCAGAUCCAUACUACCAGGACCCAGCCAGGUGUAACCCGGAAUCCAGUCCAGACUUUCCAAUGGACUCCAACAACCUGCACUGCAGAGGACCAAAUGGAGAUCGCUGUAGGUGUAAGAUAGUCAAGAUGGGUUUGAAAAACUACCAGAGGAACAACUACAACUAUGUGAUCAGAGCGAGGGUGAAGGAGGUGAGGAACCGCGGUCUGGAGCCCACAGCAGUGGUGGAGGUUAAGGAGGUGCUCAAGUCUUCUCUGGUCAACAUUCCCAAGGAGACGCAGACGCUCUACUACUCUUCCUCCUGCCUGUGUCCUCCUCUGUCUCCUGGGGAGGAGUACCUCAUCAUGGGCUACGAGAACGAUGAGACAUCCAGGUUGCUCCUGAUUGACGGAUCCAUUGCUCAAAGGUGGAAGGAAAAAAUGGGCAGGAAGAUCAAGAGAUGGGAUCAGAUCCUGCAGGGGAAAGGCCGAGCAGCUCAGCGCCGGAGUCGCCACUGAGAUCUGACUGUGUGUGUGUGUGUGUAUGUGUGUGUGUGUGUGUAGUUAUUGCACUAUCACAGGCUGUUGUAGCUGAAUGUAGUUCAUCUCUUCAUCUGUCAGAUUUUUGUCAUUUAUUUUCUUUGCAUAAACAUUAAUUAGUGUGCGUUUAGUGUGUGAGUUUGUGAGUGUAUUUUCUAUGU